ACAUCCUGGAACGAAACCAGGCCACAAAAUCAAAAGAGCGACACAUGGUCGGGUACAAGGAAAGGGCUUUGCGAGCCACCAAAUGGGCUACCUUAUUAAUACGCCGACCUACAAAUCGCACCCUAAACCCUAUAUUCUCAGACAGACAGUGCAAAACUUCAUGGAAAAUGGCACCAUCACGACUAUCACUGUCUUGAGUGUGCUAGCUUUAACUCAAUAUUGGGUGAAAUUAACCAAGAGGGUGGAAAUCCCCUCUUGGUCCAAUUAGGAGCUAGACUCCUUAGCCACUUGGGUAACCUCAUUUAGGUCAAUUUAAGACCAAAAUCUCAAAUAUCGCAGUAGGACCGUGAUUCCACCUGGAUAGGUCUCUCCGCCGAACAGAUUAAGUUCCGAGGGUUUGGUUUGCAAUUCUUAGCCGGCUAGUUGAGAGGGUUAGGUUCCCUAGCCUAUCGUUGUCACCCUUAGCCGAAAGCUUAAGUGAGUUAGCUUAUUAACUUGUUUGCAACGACUCUCAAUUAGCUAACUAAGAGAGAGUUAGGGAUCUCCUUGGUCGAUCGAUAAAGAGGGCUAGACUCUCAAGCUAUGAAUCACAAUCCUUGACCUAACGGUUAAGAGAGCUAGUUCCCCUAUCUUAUAUUUGUUGAUUUUCCUUCAUAGAUAGACUAAGCGAGUUUGUCCCUAACUAGUUGAACCCACCUUGCGGUGUAUGAACACUUCCUUCACACUAGAGCUUUGUUUGUCGCUUCUUAGCAUGAGACUAGGGGGAGCAAUACCCAGGUGAAGUCCCCUCAAGUAGAAUCCUCCUCCAUUUACUUUCCUUGCUUGUUUAGUUUGUAGUUUUCUUAGUUUUAAACCCAAAAAUUGUUAUGCUAGAUAACAACUUAAGCGAUUGAAGUAGGGGUACAUGGAUCGGCCCGGGUUUGACAAUUAAAUACUUGCCCUAUACUGCACCCGGUUAGAGUUUAAAAACUUGGGCUCUAGUCGGGAUUAAUUCGCGGUAUAGUUUCGUGUGAGUCAGUAAGCACAUUGAGAUGCAUAUUCGAUAUAUUUGACAGCUUGUAGUACAUGGAUUAAUUUCCUUCAAUCUGUAUUAAAGAAUGAAGAUUGAAUAUCUCAUUGUUGAUGUUAAUUGGUUGUUGUUGUGCAAUUCCUAAGUAACUGGGAAGACCCAAUAUGUAUUACCAAAAAUGAUAUAAGCUACUACAAAUGGAAAUUUGUGUAACCUUAUUGUUUUUCAUUAUAAAGAGAACUUUUUGUUGUUCAUAAUAAAGAAAUCUGCCCAACAACUGUGCAGCUAUCACACAUCCUAUAGUUUAUUUUAAAGAGUUUAUUCCUCUAAAAAAAAAUAUAUGUUAAUGAGUUGAUGAUCUUAAAUACUAAUACUGUACAAUUGCCUUUUUCCCCCCAAGAUGUCGUACAACCCCUCAACUUAGGAGAGAAUCAACUCCACAUUCACUCUCUCUCUCUCUCUCUACCUCUCCCUUCCUCUCUAGGGCUCUCUAUAAAUAGAUGGCUCGAGCAAAGACCAAAGAGCACCAAAACAAACUAAGAGUUGCCAAAUCAAAAGAGCCUAAUUCCCUUUCAUUUGCUCACUUAAUUACAUUUCCCAUCUCUCAAUCACCAUGGCCCAAAUAACAAUGAAGCCACUAGCAGCUUACUACUCCACUUGCCUUCUUCUUCUCCUCUCCAUCAUCAUUCUCUCCCAACAGAUUCACUCCAUUGAAGCAGCGAGGGGCUUCAAGCUCAACCAAAAUACCCUCCACGGCAACACCGCGAAAGGCUCUUUCACUACUAUUGUAGCCGAGGUGGAAGAGACUGCUAUCACCAGUCCACCACCGCCGCCGGUGGUGGUGGCUCCCGGCAGUCAGGCAACCUCCGAGCCACAGCAGCCUCCGGCCGCAGCCGCCCCCGGCCGCGGCACCGAUGAUUUCAGGCCCACCACUCCCGGCCACAGCCCCGGCGUUGGACAUUCUACGCACAACUAAAACCGCGCAUGCAAGAAUUAAUUACAUGCAGAGCACGUAGCUAUGAAGGUGCUGAUUGAUGUGUGCCAGUACUGCUUUGGGUUUACCUAUGCAAGUGCUGUAUUAUCCGUUAGGGUUUAUUGCAACGAAAUUAAUGUGUUUUAGGGCUAGGAUUUAAUUUAGAAAAUUUGGAUUUUUGUCGUUCAGUUCAAUUUUAUUUUUGGAUUUCUGUAUAUUGUAAAUUGCUUCAAUCCAGUAAUUUAAGAAAUUUGAUUAUAUUGUUCAUCAACAUCCAUUUCUACUUUUUUUUAAUGGGUAAUCAUAAAUAUUAUUAAACUCAAGGAGGGUAGAUUAACUCUACUCCUCACAAAAGUAACUUUACACUUCAAACAACUAAAUGGCUACUACAAGAAAAUACAAGUUUCAUACCCAUUAUACACUCUACAUUCAUUAUUCAUACAGUCAAAAGACUGUAUCGUUUUCACCGUCGCCUAUCUGCUGUCAGCUCGGUACCUCAGUGAAACAUAUGGUACAUCUUACUCUGUAAUGAACUUAAUUAAUUAGUUACUAAUAUGAAACUGACUAAUCAUAUAUGAAGCAUUAUGCACCUUGUGCACGAAAAUAAAGAUCGAGAAGAAAUUUUAUAGGUGAUGCACUUAUAAAAAUGAGUGCAUAAUAUUCAUCGUGGUUUAAAUAUAAAUGAUCAUUAAUCAAUUAAACUUAAUAUAUAAUAAUUGGAUUUUACUGAAAUAACAACAACACAUAGAAUUACCAUUAAUUCUUGCAGUUUUAGCGAGAAAUAUAUCCAAAUAAUGGGCUUUCAUUGUAACAAGUAAGUUCUAAAUAAAUUUGAAAAAUUACAUGCUUUCUUGUUCAUCUUAACAUAAGAAUGAGAUAAAUUAGACAAAUUAGAUGAUCAAAAUGACGAAUAAGAAAAGAAUAUUAUAGCAUAUAUUCUAAAAAGUGAAAUGUGUAUACUAGAAAAAUGCAUAAAAGUAAGAUGAAUUUUCAGAGUUAUCCUGUUUUCCUGUUUUUGUGAUAUUUAAGGUAAAAGUGAUUAAAUUGUAAAUCAUCUUUGAAAAUGUUUAUGCAUUUUUCACAUUAUAGUACAAUUGAAAAUCAAAAUAAUUUUAUGUCAAAUCGAUAAUGAUAAUGGCCAUUAUAAGAAAAAUGCAUAAGAUACCCAACUUGGGUCAAAGGUGUAUGCUAUAUUUAUCUGGGCCUUUCCGAUGGUUUUUUAUUUUAUUUUUUAUUUUGGUAUAAGACGAUUGUUUAUUUUGAAGAACUAUGGAGAUUUCAAUUGUUUUAUUUUUGUUUCUUUGUAAUUUAUAAAGGCGGUCCAAAUGAUAAACUAAACAAUGAGGGAAGGUCCUCACCUACCGGAAGAGCCAGGCCAUUCCAUAUAAUAAUUAGGAAGGAGAACUCCCCCCCCCCCCCCCCCCCCCCCCAAUAUUAAGAAGAACUUAAUUAAUUAAUGGCAGUUGCUCAGGGAAAUAGUAGGUGGUACGUACAAUCUAAACCAAUAGAGUAUAGAGAAAUCGAGCUUAAUUAACCCGGUUCGGUUAUAAAUGAAUACCAGAUGCAAUUUGAUAGAGACAUGAUCAUCAAUAUGCGUGAAUGAUACAAGAGUUUCGACAUCUUUAAGUAGAGGUCGGCUAUUUAUAUUUCUCACAUCGAUUAAAAAAAAAAACAGUUUGUAGGUGUGCAGAAAGAGCAACAUUCUAGUUCAUAUAUAAGUGAAUCAACAUGUUAAUUCUAGGAUUGGAAUGGCCUAAGCCACACACUUCUUCAAACACGUAUUAUAGUUUUUCCUAAUAUAUUUUAUAUUCAUCAAAUACUCCCUACCUUUGGCAAAUGCGAAAACUAAAAAGCAACAUAUUACGAAACAAAUUAAUCUCACCAAGGAAAUCAAUUAGUACGCAUGCAGAACAACGAACAUGGGCGCUCCAGCAGUUUGAGAUACAGCAGCAAAAGCACAACAGAGAGAACGAACAAGUACUACUACUAUUCAUUCAUUAUUCAAUUAUUAUGUAUUUUGACGGUUUGGAUUCCAUGGCAGGCGGAAAAUGAAAGAUUCCUCAUGUGAUGAUGCCAAAGCAUGCAACCUGCAGCCACCAUCUUUUAAUAUAAAAAAAAAAAAAAACCAUUGUCCAUCAACGGUGAAGAAAGGAAGCUCGUGCACUACAGCUUUAGCUAUUAAUUGUUCUUUAGCAUAUACCUUUGCGGUUAUUCAGUCUCGUUCACAUUUCCACAUGACUUCACGAGGCCAAGUUGAUGACAACAUUACCGCCAGCUUUUUCAAGUACGUCUAGUUGUUCAAUGUUUUCUCGUUGUCCUGUGCUAUAGUAGUUUAAUAACUGUUUGAAUUCUGUACCAGAAAAUAGGAGGACGGUUCGACGGCUGGGAAGUAUUGCCAAUCGAACCAACCGUGUUGCGUCUUUCUUUUUAUUCGAGACACAUAUAUAAUUAUAAAAAAAACCAAUCGAACCAACCCAACAUUCCGAAUCAGACUAAUCCAGCCAGCCGACUUAUCGCUCGUAUUGUCAUUUUUAAAAUAAAAGAUGAAGAUGAAUAUUGAUCUGCUUAUCAAUAUGAACUCGAACCGGGAUAAUUCCCUAAAUACACAUAAAACUAAAACAAAUUCCUAAACUACCACACAUUUAAAAUUUUUUCCCAAAAUACCUAAGUUUGGAGUGGUUCGAGUUUGAGAAACUCGAACUACUAACCGGUUCGAGUGUGGGAGACUCGAUCUACUCGUAUAUCGAUGAUAUAAGCCUCGAACCAUGUGGGUCUGAAGUGAACUCGAACCACUCCUUUGAAAUUUCCAACCACCUUAACUUUGUGCUCGGUUAUCCGAUCGUAGCAUACUUUUUUUUCAUUUCGCAUAACUUUUCGAGUACUACAACUUUUCAGAAUAUAAUAGAAAUAUUUUCAGAAUAUAUGUGAAAUUGUGAAAAUUAAAUUUACUCCCAAAACCCCUUAUAUUGAAAACUACUCAUAUUUUGAAAAUUUAUUCCUAAUAAAUGUUAUAGUACUAAAAAAGUUAUGCAAAAUAAAAAAACUUUGCGACUUAUCGCUCGUAUUGCCAUUUUUAAAAUAAGAGAUGAAGAUGAAUAUUGAUCUGCUUAUCAAUAUGAACUCGAACCUAGCUCAUUAUCAUUCCUCCAUGGUGCACUUCCCUUGGUGAAGGCUCUUGGCAUUGUUGACUACACAAGGGUUAAUAAUAAGAAAAUUAAUACACAAAUAGUAAAAGUAAAACGUCAACAACAGAAUUGGCAAAUAAGGAUUAAUUUGUAGACUUUUUCUCAUUUUCGCCGCCGGCCUAGAAUCUUGCAAUAAAUAAGUGAAAGAUAUUGGGUGAGUGGAGAGAACUUCCCCGGUUUGAGGAGCCAACCAACCCACCUGGAUUCUGUCCAAAUACUACUACUGAAUAUUCCAACCUCAAAAGGAAUCCAGCACUCAAUGCUUUGUCGUUAAUUAUUUGACUUUUUCAGUAUCGAAACAAACAAAACUAAACUUGUUUUUAAUUUCCAGACAAAGAUUAGUGGGUCGACCCCAGAAGAAGCACAUAAUAGGGCUUGGUGGCUCUCUCGUGCAAUUUGACCUUGGAGAGUUUUCUUUGACCCAUUUUGUUUCUUAAUCUUCCUGCCUUUUCUCUUUCGUGAUCAAUUCUUCUAAUUAAGUAUCUGUUUAGUGCUUGGUUGGGAUUUACACAGCUGCUUAUAAGAUUCAGAGGUUGAUCAAGGAAAUGUUAGAGCAAGUGUCAGUUUUUGGAAAUGAGGAUAAUGAUAGUUUGAGAGAACCAAAAAUAAAUAGCAUACACAAAUAAUAUUAACUUACCAAACUUAUGAAUUCAUUGGAUUCCACAAAUACAUUAUAGAAAUCUACUGACGACGUUCUCAAUGAUUUGCAAAAACUGAGAAUUGCGGAAAGUAAAUAACACAAGAAGUUACAUGGUAUUCCCGAAACCGGGACUAAUCCACGUAGAGCAUUGGUCUCGGACUAAUUGAAGCUUCACUAUGAGAUGUGGAAGUUUACAGAAGACAACAACUACUACUUAUACCCUUCUACUGUUCUACAAUACACAAGGGUAUAAGGGAAAAUAGUAGUCAAAAUACAAUCAUAUACUUAACAUAAGAAUAUCAAACAAUCAGGUCCAAUAGACCGAAGAAUAAAUUUAAAAAUAUAUCCUACAUAAAAAUUAAAAUACCAAUUAUUUCACAUACACAAAACAUAACAAACCAAACGUCUUGAUGAUGCAUUUUGAUGCAUGAUCUAAUGGUGUCAUUUGGUGAUGUUUUUUCGUCACUUGUAUCGUCAUCAUUUAGUCAUUAAACUUUAACAUUUGUACUUCCAAUUUUCGGUGUCUAAUUAUUAUGGUAUAAAUUUUUAUUAUAUAAAACUGAUCCCCAUGUUACUGUUGCCUAAGCUCUUGUUAUCAUGCACCACAAAGUACCAUAAUUUAUGUUUAUAUCCAUCUUGCUAACAUAUGUCAGUUUCAUUGGUUCUUUCUCUUUCCACGCCUUUGUUUUCCGUUUUAGUAUUUUGCAACUUCCACAUAAUCCAUAGUUGUAAUUUUUUGGCAUGAGAGAUUUGACUUAGCACACAUACUUUUCAAAAUGUUUCUCAAUUUGAGAGUUGUGAACUUCUGAUAAGGCUGGAACAUUGUUCUUAUUAGGAUGACAAAAUUAUCUACAAUCGUGGAUCCCGAACAAAUCUGAAUAUUGAGGGUAAUUAGUGACAUGGUUUUUUUUCACUAUUCAACCCAACCCAUCCGAUUAAUACACAUGCGUAUGUAAUUUCUCUAGAAAUGGUCAUUAUUUUUCUCAACAAAUUUGAUAUUUAUUAUACAUAUAUAAUGUUUUCAAGAAAUUGUGUUGCGUUAACUAUUUUUUUUCAUUUAAGUGAUUUAUAGUCAUACUUUUUCACUUAUGUAAUGUCACUAUACGGGUGAAUAUUAACAUGCUAGUUAGAGUCAUAAAGAUAAAUUAUUAACCAUGGAUACCCGAAAUAUCGGAUGUGGGCAUGAUUUUAAUUUUUUACCCGAUUUUUGUGUAGGUACGGAUAUGGGUAAAACCAGAACUACUUGUGUAGGGGAAUGGAACCAUUUGAAGAUCAAGAAAAACACCAGAUGUGAGCAGGACUAGAGAGACGAGUAGACAGAAGGUUGGCGAGACUCAAAUCCCAUUAUUAUUUGGAAAAAGGUUGAAAUUGGUUUGUUAUAAUCUGCAAUUUAGGACAAUAUAAAGGAUUAGCGGUUGUUUCUCGAAUUGACCACUUAGCCCACGGAAAAACGCGGCAUCACAAUCUAGUAUAUACAUGAAACAACAAAAGCUAAGAGAGAACCCUACAAAUUAAUCAUGCGCCCAAUAAAAUUAUACCAUAGUUCAGCAUAUUCUUAAAGCCUCAUUCUGCAUAUCCUCGACGACAUAAAAAAAAAAGAAGGUAAGCUUCAAUUUUAUAGAACCCAGGAUCUCAUUGUUGCAGCCGAAGGGAGUGGGAUCAAAAGUAUCUUAUCAUACAGAACAAGAGAGCUCCAAAAGUUGAUGAUACGCCGAUAUAUUUUUCAUUAUCGGAAACCAAACAACAAUACCAGCAAUGGACAUAAUUCUUUGUAGGGUGUAUAUGGGUCGGGUGGUCCGGGUUUACCCAUUUUAAUCACUCGAUUCAUGCACUACGGUUUUGAAUAUAUGAAAUUCAAACCAACCAAAAAAAUGAGAACUCUACGGUUUGUAUUUAAUUGGGUUGGGUCGGAUUGACAAUAUUUUUAAGUAAAAACCCAACCCAAUACAAAAAAUGUAAUUAUUCUAAACCAUAAAAAUAUUAUAUGAUUAAUUAAAAUUUCAAACGAAUAAUCCGAGGUGGAAGGUAUUAAAAAUGCACAAAUGUUGUUUGAAUUUUAAUAAUAUGUUAUUUACUUC